CAGGACAAAGAGAAACCCCGAUUCCAAAAAGCAAAACAACAAUAAAAAGUAUGGACCACAAGCCCAUAGGAUCUCCAAAUGCUGCAGGAGAGACUGGGGAGAUCAGUAAAGAAAUGGAUAUGAACGUGAACAGGGAACAGGGAAGAGCAGAGACCGCAUAGGACCCAGUCUUAGCUCUUCAGAAAAUGCUAGCACUCUACUCUGCCUGCUAGGAUUGGCAGGCAGCUGCUGGCCCCUCUCCGGGGGUGGGGGAGUUACUCCAAGACCUGGAGGAUCAGAGCUGGGGAUGCAGCCAGAUCAGGAGAUGCUCCAUCAGUGACUUCGCAGAGCUGGGACCCAGCCCAUACAGCUGGUUAAAUCCAGGUGGCCUCAAAGAGAUCUCCCCGCCCCCCACCCCCACAUACCCCUUUCUCCCUGAGGGCCUCUCCCUCAUAAGUGCUGAGCCCAAGGGCCUGACUAUCCCCAUGGGCGGAGAAAGAGGGCUCUUCCCAGUCCAGUAAUAGACCUAGAAGAUUCCAGGAGAUGAGUGCGACGGCUGUCCUGAGCCCCGGGCCAACUGAUGUCCAGGUUAGGGCAGCGCUGGGGCUCCGAUCCCAGCCUGGAAGGUUGGACUCCGCGUCGACCGCUCUCUAGCUCUUCUGCUGCUCACUGGCCAGGACAAGCCAGGAUUGGGGAGCCCAGAGGGUGCAGUGACUACUGCUCCCCAGGAGCUCCCCGCUCCUCCUUCCCAGGCAGGAAGCGGAGCCGGACCUGCCUCUGGAAGGGCCAUGCGCAGCACCACACUCCUGGCCCUGCUGGCACUGGUGCUGCUUUAUUUGGUAUCUGGGGCUCUAGUGUUCCAGGCUCUAGAGCAGCCUCAUGAGCAGCAGGUUCAGAAGAAGCUGGAAGAUGGCCGAGACAAGUUUCUGAAGGACUAUCCUUGUGUGAGCCAAGAGAACCUGACGAAAUUCAUCAAGCUCGUGGCUGAAGCCCUGGGAGGGGGUGCAAACCCAGACACCAGUUGGACCAAUAGCAGCAACCACUCAUCAGCUUGGAACCUGGGCAGCGCCUUCUUUUUCUCGGGCACCAUCAUCACUACCAUCGGCUAUGGCAAUACAGCCUUACAGACAGACGCCGGGCGUCUCUUUUGUAUCUUCUAUGCACUGGUGGGGAUCCCGCUGUUCGGGAUGCUGCUGGCGGGGGUCGGGGACCGGCUGGGCUCCUCUCUGCGCCGGGGCAUCGGUCACAUCGAAGCAAUCUUCUUGAAGUGGCACGUGCCACCCGGGCUGGUGAGAAUGCUGUCCGCGGUGCUCUUUCUGCUGAUUGGCUGCCUGCUCUUUGUCCUAACUCCUACCUUCGUGUUCUCCUAUAUGGAGAGCUGGAGCAAGCUGGAAGCCAUCUACUUUGUCAUAGUGACACUCACCACCGUGGGCUUUGGCGAUUAUGUGCCCGGCACUGACCCCGGGCAGAACUCAGCCUACCAACCUCUGGCGUGGUUCUGGAUCUUGUUUGGCCUAGCCUACUUCGCCUCGGUGCUCACCACCAUCGGCAACUGGUUGCGGGCGGUGUCUCGCCGCACUCGGGCAGAGAUGGGUGGCCUCACAGCGCAGGCUGCUAGCUGGACCGGCACAGUGACAGCACGGGUGACCCAGAGAGCCGGGCCCAGCGCCCCGCCACCAGAGAAGGAGCAACCGAUCCUGCCCUCUUCACUGCCAGCACCACCUGGUGCUGCUGAGCCAGCCUGCAGGCCGGGAUCCCCUGUGCCCCCAAAGAAGGCCGAGACACCUUCCCCGCCCACGGCCUCGGCUCUGGAUUACCCCAGUGAGAACCUGGCCUUUAUUGACGAGUCCUCAGACACGCAGAGUGAACGUGGCUGCUCCCUGCCUCGAGCGCCUCGGGGUCGCCGCCGUCCCAAUCCCUCCAAGAAGCCCUCGAGACCCCGGGGUCCUGCGCGUCUCCGAGACAAAGCUGUGCCUGUGUAGGGGCAGGAUCCCUGGCCCGGGACCCCCCCCCCCGCCAGGGGCUUCGUUCCUGCUGAUGCCCAGGCAUGUUUGGCUUAUUUGACCAAAGAGUCCUCUUUUGUUCAAUGCGAUUGUAACCCUGGGAGGUGUUCAAGGGUUGCCAAAUGGCACCGCUCUUCCCAGGCUGGUUCCUCACACCCAACCAUUUCCAAAUUCCACCAUCCAAAGCUUUCUGACUCGCUGUCCUGGCCCGGCUUGUCCCUCACACCUCACGACUGUGCCUCAAAACCUGCAUCAAUAAACAAAAAGUCUGCACCACCGAGUGCGUGCUCCUGGGACCCGA